AUAAAAGGAUUUUUUUAUUUCUCACUGUUGGAGCAGUAAACAUAAUCGCUUUAACAACGGGAAUGAUGCUCGCUUGGUCAUCACCAGUAAUACCAAAAUUGAAAACAACCGAUUCUGAAAAUCCUUUAACAUUUCCGGUAACAUCAGAAGAAGAAUCAUGGAUUGGUUCCCUAUUGGCUUUAGGAGCAGCAGUAGGCCCAUUCCCAUUCGGUUUUCUUUCCCAAAAAAUUGGAAGAAAAUUUACUUUAAUAUCAACAGCAUUUCCUUACAUAAUUGGUUACUUAAUGGCUGCUUUUGCUACGACGGUUGAAGUACUAUUCGCAGCUCGUCUUAUAGCUGGUUUGGCUGUUGGAGGUGUUUUUGCUGUUUUACCCGGUUACUUAGUAGAAGUUUCAGAUGUAGAUGUAAGGGGAUUAAUCGGAACCUCAAUGAAUAAUUUUAUUUGUUUUGGAUUACUUUUAUCAUAUGUUGUUGGACCGUAUAUUUCGAUUACUUGGUUUAGUAUAAUUUGCGCUAUCGUACCUUUAGCUUUUGCAAUAAGCUUUUUUAUUUUUACUCACGAUUCACCGUUUUAUUUAAUAGAAAAGAAUAAACGCGAGGAAGCCGAAAAAUCGUUAGCAUAUUUAAGGAAUUCGAGUAUUUCGGACGUGCAAAAAGAAUAUGAAAUGAUUCGAGAAACUAUUGGGAAAGAUAAAGAAAACGCUGGAAAAUUUUUCGAUGUUUUUAAAUCUAAAGGAACCACGAAAGCUUUCUUAAUAUCAAACGCCCUAAUGCUUUUCCAACAAUUAUCUGGUAUUAAUAUCAUUUUGUUUUAUGCACAAGAUGUGUUUUCGGCUGCAGAAACUGACCUUCCAGAUGAAGUUCCGCCAAUGAUUGUUGGCGCUGUACAAUUAAUUUCAAGUUUUGUCGUACCCGUUUUAGUAGAAAAAUGGGGUCGUAAAAUGUUACUUUUAUGUUCAGCUGCUGGAAUGACAAUUGCAACAAUUCCACUCGGGUUAUACUUUUUUCUUAAAGAACAAACCGAUGUUGAUAUCUCCGGAAUUUCAUGGUUACCAAUCCUUGCCCUUGUCGUGUAUUUAUUCACUUACAACUCCGGAUUUGGACCAUUAGCUUGGACUGUUAUGGCAGAAAUAUUACCAAGUAAUUUAAAAGCUUCAACAAGUUCGGUUACUGCUUGUUUUUGCUGGUUAGUUUCAUUUCUAGUCACCAAAUUUUUCCAUAACAUAUCUUACGGUCUUAAUAUCGGUAUGGGAGGAUCGUUUUGGAUUUUUGCAGCUAUGGAUAUCAUUGCUUUUAUAUUUACGUUCUUUUAUGUUCCGGAAACUAAAGGAAAAUCUUUUCAAGAAAUACAAUCAAUUUUAAACUCGUAAUACCUAUUAUAGCAAAUUGAUUAAAAGAAUCUAGUUUUCCUGGUUAUAAAAAUGUAAUAAAUGUUGUGAUACUGAUUAAGUUAAAAUGUAUAGUAAGUUAUGUCGUAGUUUUAAGUAAUUUUAAUUAAAUAAAUUAGAUACUUAAACGAGAA